AAUAAUUCUAUGAAUAAUAAAAUAACGCUUACCUAUACAUAGCUACAACCAAAACAAACCCAUAUUUUUCAAGUCCCAAAAUCUGUCCAAGCAAAGAAAAAAAGUCAGCGACCAUGGAUAACAAUAACGAAGAUUAUCAUCGAUUAUUGGCUCUGAAGCAAUUUGACGAGUCAAAAGCCGGAGUCAAAGGCUUGGUCGAUGCCGGCCUCACCUCCAUUCCCAGCUUCUUCGUUCACCCAACGGAGACCUUAUCGGACCUAAAACCCACUCAUCAAACCCCACCACAAUCCAUACCCGUAAUCGACUUAUCCGGCUUCGAUUCUGAUCGGCGCGGCGCCAUAGUCGACCAAGUGAGCCGUUCCGCCAGGGACUUCGGCUUCUUCCAGAUCAUCAACCACGGGAUCUCGCAAGAGAUUCUCGACCGUACUCUCGCCGCAGUGAAAGCCUUCCACGAGCUGCCGGCGGAGGCUAAGGCCAAGUAUUACGACAGAUCAGGAGGGGGCCGGACCGGGUUUACAUACAUGUCGAACGUCGACUUGUACCAAUCAAAAGCUGCCAGCUGGCGGGACACGAUGACGGUGAGGCUAGGGGCUGUGACGGAAGAUCGAGUCCCGGAGAUCUGCAGGGACGCGGUGGCGGAUUGGGACCGUGCGGUUGUGUGGUUGGGAGAGGUGGUUUCGGAGUUGGUGGGGGAAGGGCUGGGAUUGAGUGCGGGAAGGUUCAGGGCGUUGAGUUGUUUGGGAGGGAAGACUAUGGUGGGGCACUACUACCCGUACUGCCCGCAACCUGAUCUGACGGUGGGGCUUGGGUCUCAUGCUGACCCGGGAUUGCUGACCCUGCUGCUACAGGACCAAAUGGGUGGGUUGCAGGUCAAGUCUAGUGGUGUAUGGCUCGAUGUUAAGCCUCUUCCUGGAGCCAUUGUGGUCAACGUGGGAGACUUGCUUCAGAUUAUGUCAAAUGAUGAAUACAAAAGCGUGGAUCACAGAGUGUUAGCUAAUAUGAAUCAGGAACCAAGAGUAUCUACUGCAGUUUUCUUAAAUCCAAGUAAAAGAGAUGAAUUAUAUGGUCCUUUACCAGAACUGAUAUCGAAAGACAAACCAGCACGAUAUCGACAAUUUACCUUCUCAGAGUUCAUUCAAAGGUUUUUCACCAAGGAAUUGGAUGAGAAAUCCUUAAAAAAUUUCUUCAAGAUUUGAUUUGAUAUUUGAUUUCUCUUAUAGGUAUGCUUUUAUGCUUUUAUUUUCCUAGUUGGAAAGGUACACUAUAUUAGCUUUCAUUAUGAAUUUCGUAUUGUACUGUUUUAGCAUGACUUACAAAAUAUGCUAUGUGUUAUUAAAAUUUGGAUAAUUAUCAUUUUA